AUUUGACGGGCAGGGGGGCGCCAAAACAUCCCACGGCCUCACUGAAGGGAGUACGUAAAGAGGAUAAGAAAACCAACAUUUUCUUCCUUCCCAUUUUCUCUCUCCUCUCCCUCAUUCACUGAAAACCACCGGAAAAAUGGCGAUUGGCGCCGCCAGUUGCAGCUGGUUAAACGGAAUGACUUCCGUCGAUGUAGCUCGCUCUUCUUUCUCCUCGCAUUCUUUUUUCCCUACGCCGCAUCCCACAUUUCGCGCACUCAUUUCAAUGGGCGCCAAUUGUAAGAGUAAUGGUGAUGCUGCUUCAAGAAGAACUGUCGCAAAUUCUUCUUCUAAUAGAAAUGACGCUAAAGAGGCAGAUGUUAUAUCGCGUAAAUAUUUUUUCGGGAAGCCGAAAGAUGAAAAAAGUUCUUCAUAUAUACAUCAUGAUGGCAGAAAAAAGGACAUGGGGCGGUCACAAUCAUCUGGCUUUCAGUCAUUUGGCAUGCCAAAAAAAGACAAGAAAGGGUCUGCCUAUGAACUCAAGGAGCAGCAGGCUGAGGCAGGAAAUCUUCAAAAUGCGUCUUUCCUUAAUGCUGUUGUGAAGGUGUAUUGUACUCAUACUGCGCCUGACUAUUCCCUUCCAUGGCAAAAGCAAAGACAAUAUACUAGUACUGGAAGUGCUUUCAUGAUAGGGGACGGAAAGCUGUUGACAAAUGCGCAUUGUGUUGAACAUUAUACACAGGUGAAAGUAAAGAGGAGGGGAGAUGAUACAAAAUAUGUUGCGAAAGUUUUAGCCAGAGGUGUUGACUGUGACAUAGCUUUGCUUUCUGUGGAAAAUGAGAAGUUCUGGAAAGGAGCUGAGCCGCUUCGUUUAGGUCGGCUACCACAUCUACAGGAUUCAGUCACUGUUGUUGGAUACCCCCUUGGAGGGGAUACAAUUUCUGUGACAAAGGGGGUGGUUUCACGAAUAGAGGUUACAUCAUAUGCACAUGGGUCAUCUGAUUUGCUAGGCAUUCAAAUUGAUGCUGCAAUAAAUCCUGGUAAUAGUGGAGGCCCUGCAUUCAAUGACCAGGGGGAGUGCAUUGGUGUGGCAUUUCAGGUACUCAGAUCAGAUGAUACAGAGAACAUAGGGUAUGUGAUUCCAACUACAGUGGUGUCUCAUUUUUUGGCAGACUAUGAGAGGAAUGGAAAGUACACAGGUUUCCCUUGCCUUGGUGUAUUGCUUCAGAAAUUGGAGAAUCCAGCUCUACGCUCCUGCUUAAAAGUGGAAUCAUAUGAGGGAGUUCUCGUGCGGCGAGUUGAACCCACUUCUGAUGCACAUCAUGUCCUAAAAGAGGGCGACGUGAUUGUGAGUUUUGAUGGAGUCCAUGUUGGCUGUGAAGGAACUGUGCCUUUCCGAUCAACUGAGCGUAUUGCAUUCCGCUAUCUCAUCAGUCAGAAAUUUUCAGGUGAUCAGGUAGAGCUUGGCAUCAUUAGGAAUGGGGAUCAUAUGAAGGUUCAAACAAUUUUGAAUCCACGUGUCCAUUUGGUACCAUUUAACAUUGAAGGAGGUCAACCAUCAUAUUUGAUAGUCGCUGGAUUGGUGUUUACCCCACUUUCCGAACCACUUAUAGAAGAGGAAUGUGAAGAAGCUAUGGGGCUAAAACUAGUAGCGAAGGCAAGAUAUUCUUUGGCACAAUUCAAAGGAGAACAAAUUGUGAUCCUAUCACAGGUCUUGGCAAAUGAAGUCAGUAUUGGAUAUGAAGAUAUGGGAAAUCAACAGGUGUUGAAGUUAAAUGGCAAACAGAUCAGAAACAUUCAUCAUCUAGCUCAUCUUGUCGAUUCUUGCAAAGAUAAGUAUCUUGUUUUCGAGUUUGAAGAUAAUUAUCUUGUUGUAUUGGAGCGGGAAGUAGCAACAGCUGCCUCAACAUGCAUCCUGAAAGAUUACGGGAUUCCUUCUGAAAGAUCUUCUGAUCUAAUGGAGCCAUAUUUGGAUAACUUGACGGGUAAUAACGCUGUAGAUCAGGAUAUUGGGGAUAGUCCUGUUUCAAACUUGGAAAUCGGAUUUGAUGGGCUUCUUUGGGCAUGAUCAAGUUUAUCCUAGGUUUAAGUUUCACCUAUACAACCAUUUCCCAUUUCUCUGAUUUGGCCAAAUAUUCAUCAUCUAGAUUAUCCAGAGCCCUCUACUUGUUUUUUUGAGAGCACAAGGGCAGAGAGGCAAAAGGCGAAGUUCUUUAGAUCAUCCUUGUAUUAGUUGUAAAUUAUUGUUGUUGUAACAUUAUAAUCAACAUAAUAAUAUAAAGGCAUUCUUUUCUAGUGGACUGAUCCACCAUACCCAUAUGAUGUGAAGCGCCUGAGAUUGUUACAAUAGUGAAGAUAAACGCCGAUCUGAAGAAGGAAGUUGCAGUUUUGAGGAACAAAAUUAGGUUCUUGAAAAUUGUUGUAAUUUGCUAUGUUGUUUUUCGAUAUAAUUUUGUGUUCGAAGGUGUCAGGUAAUCUUAUUUCCGGUAA